AUGGCAGUCCUGUCCGCGGCGGUAGGCGAGGACGGUGUUGAUGUCGCACGGUAUUCGGCGGACGGCGAUAAGAAGUCAGAAAAUAGGGUGGGUGUGCAGUCUCUGAUGUGUUCUGUGUUUCUGUACACGGUUUUGGCGACCAUUUGUGCAGACGUGGACAAGAAGAAGAAGAAGAAGUCCAGGGAUGUUGAUGGAGGAUGCUUGCAGUCUUCUUGUUCGGAUGAUCUCAGCCUGCCGUCCGAAAUUGCAGACCUUAGUCACAGGUGUCGGGCAAAAUGGGGAUUGGGCUGUGCGAUCAGGUUGGCAAGUGUUGCUGAGAGGCAAUCACGGACGUUGUAUCAGGCACAGGUGUUGGGCGAAAAGGGAGAUGGGGCUGUGCGAUCUGGUUGGCAGCUGUAGCUGAGAGGUUGCCUGGAGGCCAUUGUAGUCUUUGUAUCUGGUAAGUCGUUGGAG